CCGGAUUCACAUACUGCUAAAAUUGUAACAGGUCCUAAAUAUCGCUCUGUGCUAUGGCUGAAAUAACAAAUCAGUUAUCCUACUUUUUUGGUAACAUAACACGUGAAGAAGCAGAGGAUUACCUAAAGCAAGCUGGUGUGUGCGAUGGCUUAUAUUUAUUGCGUCAAAGCCGAAGCUAUCUUGGAGGGUAUGCCCUUUCAGUGGCCCAUGGACGAAAGUUUUACCAUUAUACAGUUGAAAGAGAAUUAAGUGGCACAUAUGCAAUCUCUGGUGGUGUGUCUCAUAACUCUCCAGUUGAGCUUAUCAAUUAUCAUGCUCAUGAAGAUAGCGGACUUGUCUGCUUGUUAAAGAAACCAUGCAAUCGCCCUUCUGGUGUUCAGCCGAAAAUAGGACCCUUUGAAGACCUCAAAGAGAAUCUCAUCCGAGAUUAUGUACGACAAACAUGGAAUUUACAGGGUGAAGCACUUGAACUAGCUAUUAUUAGCCAAAAACCUCAGCUAGAAAAGUUAAUUGCCACAACUGCUCAUGAACGAAUGCCUUGGUUUCACGGCACUAUUUCACGGGAAGAAUCUGAACAGCUGCUGCUGAAUGGAGUGAAGACAAAUGGAACAUUUUUAAUAAGAGAAAGAGACAGUAAUGGAUCAUAUGCACUGUGCUUGCUGCAUGAUAGAAGGGUUUCACAUUAUCGCAUUGACCGUGACAAAACUGGAAAAUUGUCAAUACCAGAAGGGAAGAAAUUUGAUACUUUAUGGCAGUUGGUCGAGCAUUAUUCAUACAAGCCUGAUGGACUUUUAAGAGUCCUAACAAACCCAUGCCCACGUUCUAGUGUCUUCAAUAGCAUGGGUGUUGGCAGUGGUAUGUUUCCUUUGCCAGAACGUCAAGGACUUCCUAGGCCUCCUACAGAGAAUUGGUCAGCAGGUGGAAUAAUCGCAAGAUUCAAAUCCUACUCCUUUCCCAAGGCUGGCAGCAAAAAGCAAGGUCUGAGUGAAGUUAGUCGUGCUGGAAGCAUUUCUUCAAUAAAUCCAUAUGUUUCAAGACCAAAAUCAAGCGACAGAGCUUCAGAAGGUGCCCUGUAUUCCAUGCCAAUGGACACAGAUGUGUAUCGUGGAAUAUAUGAAGAUCCAGAUGAGCUGAGAACUCAAACCCUCAAAAUAAAGCGAGAACAACUCCUAUUAUCUGAAAUUGAACUGGGUUCUGGCAAUUUUGGGACUGUGAAAAAAGGAAUCUUUAAAACAUCAAAAUCCGAAAAGAAAGUUGCAGUGAAGAUUCUUAAGAAUGACGGUGACAACCCUGCCAUUCAAGAGGAGCUACUGAGUGAAGCAAGGGUCAUGCAGCAGUUGGAUAACCCAUACAUUGUCAGAAUGAUUGGAGUCUGUGAGGCAGAGUUCUGGAUGCUGGUUAUGGAGCUUGCGGAACUUGGACCAUUAAAUAAGUUUCUAGCUAAGAACAGGGAUGUCUCUGAGAAGAAUGUAACUGAACUUGUCCAUCAAGUUUCCAUGGGAAUGAAGUAUCUGGAAGAAAAUCAUUUUGUCCACCGAGAUUUGGCAGCCAGAAAUGUGCUUUUGGUGACUCAGCAUUAUGCCAAAAUUAGUGAUUUUGGGCUUUCUAAAGCUAUUCAGUCUGAUGAAAAUUAUUACAAAGCAAAAAGUUGUGGAAAAUGGCCCAUCAAGUGGUAUGCACCGGAAUGCAUAUACUUCCUAAAAUUUUCAAGCAAAAGUGAUGUUUGGAGUUUUGGAGUACUUAUGUGGGAGGCAUAUUCCUAUGGCCAAAAGCCAUAUAGGGGAAUGAAAGGCGGAGAGGUGACGCAGAUGAUUGAAAGUGGAAAACGUAUGGAGUGCCCACCCCGGUGUCCACCUGAAGUAUAUGACUUAAUGAAAUUAUGCUGGACAUCCAAUGUUGAAGACCGCCCUAAAUUUGCCAGUGUUGAAAUUAAACUACGCAAUUAUUACUAUGACAUUGCCCAGUAAAUGUCUUCUGCAAUACAUUUCUGGUAAUUAGACGCAU